AUGUACUUCUAUCGUGCCUUCACUGGACUAGCAAGAUCAUGCCGGGCACUCGAUUCCAUCUCUACACAGUACUUAUACGCUCGCUAUGAAGGUCCACUCGAGCAGCCUGUUGCUGGCUUUCUCCGUCGCUUGGCCCACAACGAUGACCUCUGCCACGGUCUGAAGCACAUCAACAUCCUAGAAAGCACAGGAAACGUCCGACAAGGGCGAGUCAGUAGAGAACUCGUAGCCAGCAUAGCUCAACUUCCAGAACCAUACCACUCAGCAUGGGUGGACGAGGCUCGCAGCAACCUCGCUCUACGCAAUGAGAUCGAGCUUGCAAUCCUGCUCUUCCGUGCUACGAAUCAAGAAAGCAUAACCAUGGAGAAAGGUACCGAACGAGCAGAACGACCUUUCGAAGACCUAACUAAACCACCGCUCUGGCUCCGGACUCACGUGCAUGCAGGUCCCCCAUCGCGGUACCGCUCAUAUGCCCUACCACAACCUCCGCAGCCUAACCCUGGACCUGCAAUACUGCAACCCCCCGUCCCUUACCCACAUCUUCGCUCUCCCAGCGCUUCAGAGCUUCCACCUUCGGAACCUCCUCGAUCACGCCUUCCUUGA